AUGGCGCCGUCAAAAGUUGCGAAAAACAAGAGGAAGUUUACGCAUUCGAAUCGAAAAAGUUCACAGAGGUCCUCAAGCACUGGCUCCAAAACAGCUCCAAGCGUUUUGAGCAAUUGUAGCUCAAGAUUUUCAAGCUCGCAGAGCUCAAAAAGCUCUCAAAAUACCCAAAAAUCCAAGAAAAAGGAUCGAAAAACGUUCAAAACCAUUUACAAGGCUUCUGAUAGUUUGGACAAACCAAAAGAAAUUUCAAAUUGGACCGUUUCCAUUUUGGCAUGGCUUCAGGGUGCGAUUUGUGUCUAUUUGAUUUGUGGAAUCGUUUUUCAAGUGAUUUGGGGAAAACAUGAUGGGUUAUGGUGGAUGCUGGCGGAUAUUUUGUUAUUUGAGAGAAUGUUCGGAUUGUCUGCCACGUGUUUCUUCUCAUCUGCUUUUCAUUUUUUCAUUGUAAUCCAAUCGAUGCGAUUUGUUGGAGAAUCGAAAAAACGAAAGGACUUUAGUGAUAAAGUGAUUGUGGAGGGGAUAGAGAAGAGACGCAGAGACUUAAAAGUGAAUUUGACGAUUCGUGACGAGACUGGAAAUGUGAAAUCAAUGCGUGGAGCAGGAGUAGAAGCAGGAGUGAAUCGUGUUCUGGAAAUGAACACAGACGGAGAACGAAUUCAUUUAUCGACUAGUAACACGACAUUGACACGUAUCAAUGUGCCAAAACACAAGAAUCAUCAUCAUGGACACCAUCAAAAAUCCAUGAAGAAAUCGGAAAAUCCAUUGGCUCCAAUUAUUAAUUCAAAAUAUAAUAAUUGCUCAAAACAGGAGAAGAUGUUGAGUCCCAGAAAAAUUUUGGGAUGA